GUCCGGUCGGCUCCCGGGCUGUCGGAGCAGCUUAAACGUUGGCUUCUCUUUUCUCGCUGGUUUGGCUGAGGCCUCGAGUGGUGGGCUGUGAUGAAGCGAGUCUCUGGGGCCCUGUCCUAGGGCCGCGGCUGCUGCUGCGAGGCACGCCAGAAGCGUGACUGGAAGCAGCACAGUCUGAUUGGCUGCAAAUUCUCAUCAGCAAAAAAAGUCAGUGGGGAGAAAUAAUGGCAUUUGGGAAGUCGGUUGAUGAUGGAGGUGCGAGGCAAAGACUGAGCUGAAGAGGAGGGACUGUUCCACAAACUGGCCGCCACCACCACCGAAAAGGCCCUCCUUCACAUUGCUGCAAGAUGGACUUCAGCAGGCUGCAACACAACCAGGAGGGCCUCAUGCAAAGUUAUUAGACAGCGGGCAAGUCCAUACGAGGAAAGGUGUUCAUUCAGGGACCGUCUUUUCUACUCUUGCCAACCACCCACUAAAGCUGUUUAAAUGAGAAUGUCCUUGGCGCAGAGAGUGCUGCUCACAUGGCUCUUCACGUUGCUGUUCCUGAUCAUGUUAGUGUUGAAACUGGAUGAAAAGGCGCCAUGGAACUGGUUUCUCAUAUUUAUCCCAGUUUGGAUAUUUGAUACUAUUCUUCUCGUUAUGAUAAUUGUAAAAAUGGCUCGCCGUUGUAAGUCUGGCUAUGACCCUCGAAAUGGUUCCCGUCACCUCAAGAAGAAAGCUUGGUACCUUGUAGCAAUGCUGCUUAAGUUGGCCUUCUGCCUCGCCCUCUGUGCUAAAUUGGAACAACUUGCUGAAAUAAAGCUAGCUUAUGUCUUUAUUCCCUUUUGGGUGUUGCUCAUUGGAGGGAUAAUAGAACUUGGAUACAACAUCUUCUAUGUACGAAGGGAAUAACUUGUCCAUAGACUGGGUUUAGCCUUUCAUCAGCCAGCAUCACAUUCCUUAACAUUAGCUUGCUAUAAGUUUACAGCACCCAAAGGAACUACAAGUAACAGCUGUAUGCUGACAUUCUACUGUAUAUGCCGUUGGACUAGACUCUUCAAUGUGUGGAGCACAGCUAUCGGAUUUAUAUGUAAAUACUGUAAAUAAAUCAUCAAAAUAUUUUCCAAGUAUUCUCUCUAUUUUUCCU